GGCCUUUUUCUCGGGUCGGCUCGGUAACCAAAUAGUGAGGGAGACGGUGGAUCUCCCAUCUCUCGGCGCAGAGCGGUCGAAGGCAUGGAGAAGGGGAAGGGGUUGGCGAGGCGAUGGGCGGUGGAAUUCGCCGAGAAUUCUUCUUACUCUUCAUCGACUUCUGACGUUCCAGAUCCUAUCGGUUUCAACCGAUCUGCCUCUGAUCCCGACGACGCAAAUGCCAGUCGACAGAAGAAGGACGCCGAAUCGGCCUGGAAGUCGCAGAAAGCUUGGGAAGUGGCUCAGGCCCCCUUUAAGAACUUGUUAAUGAUGGGUUUUAUGAUGUGGAUGGCUGGAAGCACAGUGCAUUUGUUCAGUAUUGGCAUCACAUUCUCAGCCCUUUGGCAACCAAUAAGUGCUCUUCAAGGAGUUGGAAAAGUCUUUGAACCUUACAAGGAUUCAAAGGUCGAUAUUCUUGCACCCAAAUUGCUCUUUAUUGCCCUUAACUUGGCUGCACUGGCCUUGGGUGUCUGGAAGCUGAACACAUUGGGUCUUCUCCCAUCGCAUGCAUCAGACUGGGUUUCUUCUUUACCUCCUGCACCGGAAGUGGAAUAUUCUGGUGGGGGCCUUCCAAUCCACUGAUGCUUUUUUUGCCCAGUUCAUAGUUUUGGAAUCAAUUCCUGCGUGGGAUGCAAAUGCUGGCACCAAAUGUUUUCUGACAGUGAAACAAACAUCAGCACAAUCGAUUUGGGUUUUUGGAUGCACUAUAUUACAUGUUUACAUGUGACCCUAUAUGCAUAGCCCUAUGUUUUUGGAUGUGCUUCACAAGUUCUCUCUCCUUUUAAAACAUUAAAUUAAGAUUUCUAUUUUACUAUGAGCUUUUAUUGUUAAUCAUCUUUUAUUA